UCUGUGCUCGCCCUUCUAGCACAGAUCGAAAAGAAACGGAGCCUUGGAAGCACCUAUCUCAAGCGUUCAUUGCCGUCUCAUCGACAACUCACCCUUCAUCGAGCUUGAUCCUCAGCAAGUAUCCCUGACACUACAGCUCGGCAGCCAGCACCAUCAUCCGCAAGGGCCAUUCACAUCUUCAUUGCUCGCCAUGUCGUCUCUUCAGAACAUGUCCAAGUCCGCCAUGCGGGUCGGCAAGAACUACAUCAAGGGCUACACAGAUGUCCAAGUCAAAGUCCGUGACGCCACAUCCAACGAUCCGUGGGGACCCUCGGGCCAACAGAUGAACGAGCUUGCACAGCUCAGUUACAACCAAAAUGAUUUUAUCGAGAUCAUGGAGAUCCUUGAUAAGAGGCUGAACGACAAAGGCAAGAACUGGAGGCAUGUAUUCAAGUCGUUGACCCUGCUUGAUUACCUACUGCAUGCCGGCAGCGAGAAUUGCGUCAUCUAUUUCCGGGACAACAUCUACGUUGUUAAGACACUGAAGGAAUUCCAGUACGUCGAUGAGUACGGCAAAGACCAGGGUGCCAAUGUCCGACAGAAGGCCAAGGACAUCACCAACCUACUGCAGGACGAGGCACGCCUGCGCGAAGAGCGGAGGAGCCGGGCGCACAUGCGCGAGCGUAUGACAGGCGGCUCGAACGAUGGCCUGCCCGAGGACGGGGAUGCCGAGGGCAGGCGACGACGUCAGCAGGAUACGAACCGGAGGCGCGCCAGAGAGGACGAAGAACUGUCCAAAGCGAUUGAGGAGAGCAAGCGGAUGGCCCGGGAGAACGAGGAAAGGAUCAGGAGGGAGGCAAAGGACGAGGAGGAGCUGGAACAAGCACUGAAGCUCUCACGAGAAGAAGAGGACAAACGCAUCAAGGAGCUGGAGGAGAAGAACAAGAAUGCACUUUUUGACGAUUCGAUCAACAUCGAAGGGCCCAACGCGUACACCAACGGCAGCCAGCAGGUGGAUAUGUGGGGAAACCCACUGGUAAAUCUCAACGACGGCUUUGCCAAUGCCGCCUUGCAGCCGCAGUAUACAUCGUUCAAUCCGUACAUGCAGCAGCCGCAGCAGACGGGGUAUAACCCGUUCCUGCAGCAGCAAAUGCAGCAGCAGGCCGCGAUGCAGCAGCAAUGGGAGCUGCAGCAGGCCGCGCAACAGUACCAACAGCUGAUGAUGCAGCAGACCGCCCAGCCACAACAACAGCAUCCGCAGCAGAUCAGGCCGCAGCCGACGGCGUUCGGGAGCAACAACCCUUUCGCCAACUUUGGUGGUACAUCUCAACAGCAGCAGUCACAGCACAAUGUACCGGUAGGCGACCUGUUCUCGUCUGAGCCACAGCAGCCUCCACAGCAACAGCAGGAGCAGCAGCAGCCUCAAGCGGCACCGGCACAGCAACCUGCGUCGCCGAUCGGCCCGCCGAAAGUCAAGACGGACCAGAGCGAUAGAUUCUCGGAGCUCAACCGGCUGCUGGCGUCCGGCGAUGGGAUCGACACGUUUGGUAACACGGGUGACUUGCGAUUCGGGCACAGCGGCAACCGCGGUCAGCUCUUGACGCAGCAGCAGACGGGCGCAGCCGCAAUGGGCCAGCAGGCGUUCGGCGGUGCUGGCGGCGCGGGAGAUGGAGCAGAAGCAGGAGCAGGAGCAGCGCAAAAUGGUUCCCAGCAGCAGCAGCAGCCAUUCUUCCAGCUUUGAGGAAAUGACUCUGAUGUUCUUCUGCCUUUCCGCAACAAAGCGACAAGGUCUACCCUAACCCCCUUUUCACCUCAUCUUCUUGACCUCCUGCCCCUCAUCGUCUGGCUCUCUAGCGGGGUAU